AACAGCUGAGCGCACACACACACACACAUACACACAGCUGAGCGCUCGAGUGUGUGUUCACUGGCGUCCACUCACGCACACGCGCGCGCGCCUUUGUCUGUCCACGCGCGCUGUGUGACAAUAACACGACAGCACAAUGACACGAUUCACUUAUGCUGAAUAUAUCUCCUUAUUUCGAACAAACGGCACCAAACGAAACUCGUCGCCGCAGAAAAGCUCAUCAUGUGGACGCGCAGCUGACCGAGACAUCGAGCCGUCAGAAGUGAUCUCUGCGGUGAGGAGAGGUGAUGUGCAGCGUGUGAGUGAACUGGCGUCGGCGAGUGACGCAGAUGACUGGACAGCUCUGCAUGAAGCCGCUCUCUGCGGGCAGACGCUCUGUGUUCAAGCGCUGCUGAAAGCUCGUGGUGUGUGUGUGGACAAACGCACGCUUCAGGAACAGACGGCUCUGAUGCUCGCGGUUCAAGGACGACACCUGGACUGUGUGAGGAUUCUUCUGGAAGCAGGUGCCGACCCGGAUAUCUGCAACAAAAACAAAGAGACGCCUCUUUAUAAAGCGUGUGAGCAGGAGAGCAUCGGCGCGGUGAAGCUGCUGCUGGCGUCCGGAGCGGCAGUGAAUCAGCGCUGUCACCGCGGCUGGACCGCACUGCAUGAAGCCGCGAGACGGGACAACGUCCUGCUCUGCCAGAUGCUCCUGAAGGCCAGAGCCGCCAUAGACGCCCGUAACGCUGAUGACGUCACACCCACAAUAGAAGCCGCACGACACGGAAGGACGGAAGCACUUGCUUACCUGAUCCAGAACGGUGCUGGCGUGAACCUCCAGACGUGUGAUGGAAACACGGCUCUAACCGAAGCCUGCAGACACGGUCACAGAGAAACCGUGAAGCUUCUGCUCCAACAUCACGCCGACGCCAACAAAGCCUCUAACGCCGGCCUUCUGCCACUGCACAUCGCCAGCCAGCAUGGACACGAGGAGAUUGUUUCCCUAUUGCUGCCGAUCAGCAGCCGGAUGCGGUUACGGCAGAGCGGCAUCUCACCGCUCCAUCUGGCCGCGGAGCACAACCAUCAGAACAUCAUGCGUCUGCUGAUCGAGGCCGGGUGUGACGUCAACAGCAGACUCUCGCAGCAGCGCUCGUCCGCGUUCCAGGACCGCCGCGUCACGGCUCUGUACUGCGCCGUUGCUGCCAGGAACGCGCAGGCGGUUGAGGUCCUGCUGAAUGCCGGAGCCGAUCCCAACAUAGACCCGUUCGCCCCGCUGCUGUUGGCGGCGCAUCAGGGCUGUGUGAAGAGCGUGGCGCUGCUGCUGGAGCACGGAGCCCGUGUGGACGCUCGCCCGCCGGGCCUGAUCGUCAGCUUCCCCGCGGUGCUGAUGUACACACAUCACCUGGACAUCCUGCGGUGUCUGCUGGACCACGGCUGUGACGCUCAGACCUGCUUCACAUGCCACAGACAUCAGUGUGAAGAGGACACACACUUCAACACGAGCCUUGCCAAACCAGAUUUACAGUUCUGCGACUGGAUCUCGUCCUCCUGCUGGAGACAUUCAGCCGCUCGCAUCAUUGAUCUGCUGCUGGACCGUGUGGGAAACGUUCAGCUGUGCAGCAGAAUCACGGAGCUCCUCCGGGACACACCGGAGUGGCCGAGCAUCAAGGAGAAAACAUCGUCUCCUCGGUCCCUGAUGCACCUGUGCCGGCUGAAGGUGCGAGAGCAGCUGGGGACGCGGAGACCACGGUCUGUGGACUCACUGCCGCUGCCGGGGCCGAUGCUGCGAUACCUGAGCUCCAGAACCGGCUCCGACCACAACACAACACCUCACCUGUGCUCUCAUGGACACACACUGCUUUCUGCCAAUCAUUAAUGCUGAAAUAAGAUUUCUGCUGGGUAUUUAAAGGGUUAGUUCAUCCCAAAAUUAAAUUUCAGUCAACAAUUACUCACCCUCAUGUCGUUCCACACCCGUAAGACCUUCAUUAAUCUUCAGAACACAAAUUAAGAUAUUUUUGAUGAAA